AUGGGACGGUCAAUGAUCAAAGCAGAUACGCCAUUUUAUACAUCUCUCUCUCCUCUUCGCUCGUGUUUGUAGUUCCGCAUAAACCCUACCUUUGUUCGACUCGAGUCGAUAAGCAUGGAUCAACAGCCCGAACCAGUUACUUACGUCUGCGGAGAUUGUGGACAGGAGAACACUUUGAAGUCUGGGGAUGUGAUUCAGUGCAGAGAGUGUGGUUACCGUAUUCUUUACAAGAAGCGUACCCGUAGAGUUGUUCAAUACGAAGCUCGCUGAGAACCACAACCCUGAACGAUAAUGAUAUGAAGUCUGUUUAAGAUGGCAUAUAGACUUGUCCUGCCUCUGUUUGUAAUUUAACUUGACGUAAAAUCUGUUUUUGUUUACGCUAAGUAGCUUGUUUUGGUUUUGAUUUGAUUACAAUAGAGUGCGACUGUCUAGACAUUAUUCUU